AUGGCGGAAACGAGUUGUGACUUUGAAUUUAUGGAAUAUAUAAACGAGAGCUCUGUCGAUCCAAAUUUAAUUUGUGGUAUUUGUCAUAAACCAUUCAAGGAUCCAGUUUGUACAAAGUGUGAUCAUACAUAUGGUCGUGAAUGUAUUACACAUUGGCUUACGAAUAAUGUGGAAAAUUUUUGUCCAGUAUGUUUAAGUCAACCUUUAUUGGUUAAGGAUCUUACACAAGCUAGUCGUCCGUUACGUUGUAUGCUCGAUCAACUUCGAGUUCGAUGUACACUAUGUAACCGAGCUGAUUUACAACGUGGAAAUUUUCUUGAGCAUUUAAAUAAGGCUUGUCCAAAUGCUACAGUUCCAUGUCAAGCCGUUGACGUAAAAUGUCCUUGGAAAGGAAGACGUGAUGAAUUAGAUAAUCAUGUAUCAACAUGCGUUUUUGAGACAUUACGCCCAAUAUUGGCCUCAAUGAUCGCUGAAAAUCAACAGCUUAUGAAACAGGUUCAAAAACACGACGACGAAAUUAAGGAACUAAAAAGUAAAAUGUCUCAAGGAGCCACUGCAGCGGCAGGAGAUUCUGACAAUGAAAGCGACACGGUAUCAGUCUCAGGAUUUUCUGUUGAUGGUAGCACUCAAAAAGAAGAAGACGCGAUAUUUAUCAGAAAUUUACCUGCUACCAUCAAAUUUAACGAUUUAUUUGAUUACUUUUCAAAAGUUGGACGUAUCAAGUAUGACGUAAGAAGACAAAAAGUUGGUGUAUUUAUUUUCAAGAAUCCAACCAAUAAGGACGGACGAUGUGCAGCAAAAGUGAUUUAUGUUGACAAAGAAUCGGCCGCCGCUGCAGUUGCAGAAUAUAAUCAAAGACAUGUUCCACAAUGGAAUACACAUCUUCAAGUAAGUAUAUCAAAUCCAAAAAAGAGUACCAUAAGAGAUCCUGAAAAAGCCAAUAAAGGAGAAAAUACUGGUAUGCAUCAUGAAGCUAAACCGAAGGCAGAGGGUGAAAAAGCUUCAAAUCAAAGCUCAAAUGCUACCAACAAUGCUCCUAGACCAGAAUCAUCAGACGAACAAAAUAAAGAAUUCAUGAAUAAGAAUAGACGGCGCCCACCGCAUCAUCCUAAACAUGCAGAUAAAUCAACAAAUUAA